CUGACUUGGACCAAUCAGAAUCGUCUAUUCCGAAUGAAGUAUAUCUCGUGUAAUUUUAUUACCCCAGACGUAAGAAGAAGAAGAAGAAUGGCGGACUCGUUGACGAAAUAUGGUAUUUACAUCGAUGAUUUGAGCAAGAUACGCGUUUUAGAGCCAGAAGCCGCUAAUCAAACCAACAAACUGAAGGACGAGUGUCAAAAUUUCGUGUCCAAGAUUACCGAUUUUGAGAAAAAUUCUGAUGAUUAUAAAAUUUUGGACAAUUUAGGGAAGAAAGUAGAGAUUGAGAAAAUGAAAACAAUUGGUGCAAGGAAUGUGCUACGUUCCAUUGAAAAACAAAGAGAAGCCCAGAAGCAACAGAUGCAGGCUUUAAUCUUAGAAAAGUCCAUGGAACUGGAACGAUUACGAGUACAAUAUGACUCUUAUAAAAAGAUAGAAAUGGAACAAUUAGAAACAAUUGAACAUUUGUCAGUAAAUUAAUCUUGUUGUAAGUUAAAGUAUUAAACUUUUCAUUAUUUUUUUUAAUAUA